AUGGCUGAAGGGGAAGCAGGAGGGUUCACUGAGGGUCUGUUGUGGGAAAACCAGUCAUGGGCUAAUUUGUAUUUUAAUUCUGACAACUCAGGUGGUGGUGGUGAUGAAGAGAAAAAUUUGGGGAAGGAGCAAGAGACAGCUGUGAUGGAAAUUAGUGCAGAAGGUCAUAAUCAGGAAAAGACAGUGCCGCCGCCACCUGCAGCGGGGAAGAAGCGGAAAGGAGGAGGAGGAGGUGUGGGCAAGAAUGUGAAGGCGAAGGGGAAGGGGAGUACUAGAACUGGUGAUAAGGGAAAAGGUGUUUCAGGGGGUAAUGAGUCAGAUGACCAUGAGAUGCAUAUAUUGACAGAGAGAGAAAGGAGGAAGAAGAUGAGGAACAUGUUUGCUAACCUUCAUACUUUGCUUCCUCAGCUUCCAGCUAAG